AUGGAGUGGUCACUCUCUCUUUUGCUAAAUCAUCCAGAAGUCCUGAAGAAGGCUCAGGCUGAAAUUGAAUAUCAGGUUGGGCAUGAGCGAUUGGUGGACGAAUCGGAUAUGACCCAAUUGCCUUAUUUACAGAGUAUAAUAAAGGAAACGCUCAGAAUGUACCCACUAGCUCCACUACUACUACCUCAUUUAGCAGCAUCUGAGUGUAUGGUGGGGGGUUUUCACAUCCCAGCUGGCACUACGCUGUUUGUUAAUGCAUGGGCUAUACAAAACGACCCUAAUGUUUGGGAGGAACCGGAGAGGUUCAAACCGGAAAGGUUUGAAGAAGAAGAAGAACAAGGGACUAGAAAUGGGCUGCGAUUGAUGCCAUUUGGUUCCGGACGGAGGGGUUGUCCUGGUGAAGGCCUUGCCAUGCGAGUGGUGGGGUUGGUUUUGGGUUCGCUGAUUCAGUGUUUUUACUGGGAGAGGCCUACCAUUGAGAAGGUAGACAUGACGAAAGGCACCGGAUUCAACCUGGCCAGGGCUCAACCUUUAUUGGCCAAGUGCCGGUCCCAUCCAGCAGUGUUUGACUCUCUCUAA